GAAAGAGAAGGAUCUUUCAGAGAACCAAAAAUGGCUAAGAAUUUAAGCUCCAAGCAUAUGGUAUGCUUGGUGAGUUCCAUAAUUUUGAACAUUUUGUCAAUUAUUAAUUUAUAUGUGGGUGGUGGUGGUUGGGAUCUGUCAUGGACCAGAAGAGCAGCGACUGAAGCAGAGGCUGUGGCAGCUGUGUACUGCUCAGGCCAUGGAAGAGCCUACUUGGAUGGCUUGGUUCUUGAUGGAAAUCUCCCUGUUUGUGAGUGCAACUCUUGCUAUGGAGGCUCUGAUUGCUCUCAAUUCAACCUUACUUGUAUUGCGGAUGCUAAUGGUGGGGAUCCAUAUUUUUUGGAGCCCUUUUGGAUGCAGAAAGCAGCCAGUAGUGCAGUUGUAGUAGCCGGAUGGCACAGGAUGGGAUAUUCAUACCAUGAUAAAUCCACCAUCUCAGCCGAGCUCGAGCGGCACAUUCGUAAACUACAUGCCCUUGUUGGAAAUGCAGUCACCGAUGGGAGACACAUUCUUUUUGGUGCUGGCUCCACCCAAGUCCUUAUGGCUGCAGUCUACGCCUUGUCCCCUCUCAAUUCUUCUUCUUCACCUGCAAGGGUUGUGGUCUCAAUCCCUUUCUACAAUCUUUACCAGUUGCAAACAGAAGUUUCCAACUCUGUCCAAUUUAAGUUUGAAGGAGAUACAUCAUCAUGGAUGAACUAUUCAGAUUAUGCUAAUGCCAAUUUCAUUGAGUUUGUAACUGCACCAAAUAAUCCUGAUGGAAAAUUGAACAAGGCAGUGCUUCAUAGCUUCUACACCAAAGCGAUCCAUGACCGCGCCUACUAUUGGCCUCAUUAUACAGGAAUUCCAGCUCCAGCAGAUGAUGAUCUUAUGAUAUUUACCAUUUCCAAGCUCACUGGUCAUGCUGGCUCAAGAUUCGGAUGGGCAGUGGUGAAGGACAAAGCUGUGUAUGAAAGAAUGGCAAGGUAUAUGGAACUAAAUACGAUGGGUGUUUCUCGUGAUACUCAAUUAAGGGCAUUGAAGCUUCUGAAAGUAGUGCUUGAAGGGGGAGCAAGAGAUUUGUUCAAUUUUGGUCACGAGACAAUGAGCAGUCGCUGGGUAAAAAUAAGGAAGACAGUAUCAAUGUCGAAACGUUUCUCUCUUCAAGAAAUCCCACCUGAAAAUUGCACCUAUUUCAACAAAAUUAGAGAAGCUUCACCAGCUUAUGCAUGGUUGAAGUGUGAGAGAGAAGAAGAUAAAAAUUGUUACACAGUCCUGGAAGCAGCCAAUAUCAUAGGUCGAGCAGGUAAAGCUUUCGGUGCAGAAGAUCGGUAUGUAAGACUCAGCCUCCUGAGAAGCCAAGAUGAUUUCGAUGUAACGCUGCAGCAUCUCAACAAACUGGUCUUGGAGGAAGGUGGUUCCAAGACUAUCUAAAGAAUAAUUUGAUCAGGUAAUUUUCUGCAAGGUCACCUCUGUUGACCUGCUCUUAUGUAAAGAAUAAUUUGAUCAAGCAAUCUUCCGCAAGGUCAUGUCUAUAUUGACCUGCUCUAUCUUCUAUCUGUAAAUGGACAUCUCAAAGUUCAUAGAAGAGGUCAUCUCUGUUGACCUGCUUUCCUGUACUUAAAGAUUUCAUGAUUGUUUACAGAACUCUCUGCCUGAGAGCCUUGGGAACAGAAAAUAUUAUAUGCAGUAUUCUAAACAAUGUGUUUUUACUUGU